AUGUUGAAACAACUUUCCAUCAAUGUCCCUUUGAUAGAAGCUUUGGAGCAAAUGUCUGGGUAUGCAAAGUUCAUGAAGGACUUGGUGACCAAAAAGAGGGCUAUCAGUUUUGAGAAUGGUGAGAGGUUGCAACAUUGUAGUGCCAUUUCUAUGAGGUCACUAGUACAAAAUAAAGAGGAUCCUGGAGCUUUCACUAUUCCAUGCACCAAUUGUAAGAUGCACUUUGCAAAAGCUUUGUGUGACUUGGGUGCCAACAUUAACUUGAUGCCAUUGUCAAUUUAUAAGAAGUUGGGUUUAGGAGCUCCAAAACCAAUUCUGAUGCGUUUACUUAUGGCUGAUAGAACUGUGAAGAGGCCCAUUGGAGUGCCUCAAGAUGUCCUUGUGAAAGUGGGGCCAUUCAUUUUUCCGGCAGACUUUGUUAUACUUGAUUCUGAGGUUGACUUUGAGUUCCCCAUCAUCUUAAGCGAGACUGUUCCUUGCUACUGGGCAUGCCUUAGUAGAUAUGGAGAAAGGGCAAAUGAAGUGCCAACUAAAUAA